GACAUGGAUACACUGUUGAGUCUAUUCGAUGUGUAUCAGUUCGUAUUAUUUUUGAAUAAGCCUUUAGUAGAUAUAAGCUUUAUUCUGUCAGAAUACAAGCGGAAAAUAUUCCAUUAUAGUAUUCUAAACUAAAACUAUCGAAAAACACAAAAUCAAUUUUUGUACGAAUAGAGAUUCGAACAUGUGAACUUAGUUUUGUAGUUUACUACAAAACUAAAUUCACUGUUCUGUAUUUAUAUUGUGUACAACGAUUGAAGUUGUGCAAUCGACUCGAGCCUUUAGUAAUAAACCUUUAGCCUUUAUACUAAUAAAGGCGUAAAUAAAGCCUUUAGUAAUAAACAUAGAAUACUAUCAUUAUUUGGCACUGUUACAAUCCAAGAUUCAAGUUACGAAGAAUACCGCGUAACAAACUAAGACCUUUUAUUUGGCAUGGAAUGGAUAGUGCCCAAUAACGUCAUCUCUGAUGUUUCUUGAACUUGAACUUCAAAGUUUAUUUUAUGCCCAAGAAAACAUCUCGUAACAAAGGAAAGCACAAAAAAACCAAAGGCUUGUAAAUAAAGUGCCACCACGCGGAAAAGAGAACAACCUUGUAAAAUGUACUUUGACUAAGUAAAGCCUUGUAAAAUCACCUAAUUCAGUUAAAUGAAACUGUUACAUUAGACAGAAAUUAUUCGACAUGUUUUACUAAUGGCAUUAAGUAUAGACUUUUCUCUUAUAUAUAUACAUGUGUUUUCAUUUCAUUUAAGGAGACACAUUAGUUUCGUCCGUUUAUUGUAUCAAUUCGGUUUUUCAUUCAACGAUACAAUAAAGUUUGAGGAGAGUCAGAUUGCGUAGUAGUGACUUGAUACAAGUUAAUAAUAUCAUCUUCGUUGAAACAUGGGAUUGUAGGUGAAUUUGAUGAAAUAUUUUUUGUUGUUGUUGACGUCAUCGAAUCAAAUUGAUAAUCUCUUAAUGAUAAUUGUAGUCCAGUUUUAAGACAAAACGAACGUAGUAUACAUGCACGACGAACGUGAUAAUGCUCUUGAAAACUAUCAAUGUCAUCACUAAAAUAAAAAUCAACAUUGAUAAUUCAUAUUCUCUUAAAAAUUUAAAUUUGUACAGUCGGGUGUGGUGAUUCGAUCAGAAUUGGUUGUAACUCAAAUCUCUGAAAAAUCCACACCUUAGAAAACUCAAUCUCUCAAAUCGACUAAGAAACUUUUUGCAAACAAUUUCAGUGUAUAGAACAAAUGUUUCUAGACGUCUCUCAGCUCACUACGACAUUUUUUCAUCAAACUACAUUUCCCAAAGCAUACCCUUCAUAAUUUUCUGUUAAUUUUGCUUGUUUUUGACGGUUGGAGGCUUUUCGUCACUUGAAUGUAGUUUGAUGAAAAAAUGUCGUAGGGAGCCGAGAGACGUCUAGAAACGUUUGCUCUAGAAGAACGUACAGCGAAACAUGAGCAACCACCAACCAAAGCUCAUCAAGAGCAACCACUACUGUCACGACGAAUGGAUAGAGCAAAGCAAUCUUCAGUUAAUUAUAAAAGAAAAGCUAGCAGAUCAAAUCAAUGGAAUCCAGCACAAAAUCCUGAAUUUCAAUUAGAUGAAUCCAAGGGGGAAAGCACGGAAUCCUGGAAUCCCACGGAAUCUCACGGAAUCCAAUGGAAUCCAACGGAAUCUCAUAGAAUCUCACAGAAUCCAAUGGAAUCCUGGAAUCCAAAAGAAUCCAAAGGAAUC